GUGAAAAGUCCUAAUGUUGACGCCCGAUGGUGGUAGUCUCGGUGAGUGCCCCACAUCACCGAGAAACCCCAAAUUGAGUGGGCGAAAAGCGUCAACCACAGAAAUCGCACCUUGGCAAUCUUCACUCUCAAUCAUCUUACUGUCUAAUCCGAGAAGCUUUUUUUGUGCAGAAUUCCCACACUAUAGUGUCACAGAGUCGUUUCUCGAAAAUAUAACCAGCGACAAGAUUCGCGAGUUCAGACUAUAGACAUUGCUCGGCAAAUUCCUUUCUUCACAAUACAUCGGGAAUAUCUCUCCCAAGACCUGCCACGAUGGCUCCCUCGGCGGAAAAUCACAGUCGGUCGCAUAGCCUCUUACUGUUCCAGAAGCUGCUCAAUCUGAGGGAUGGCGCGAGUCCUUUGACCUUGGUGCUGGACAGCCUCGAGCAGAGCGCCGCGCCGGUCCUUCGGGAGUUCGUCUCCAGAGCCAAGGUUGCAAAGGCCAAAAUAAUUCUGCUCUCUUUCGCGACGCUCAAGCGCCCACGAGGCGUGGACGUCGUCGUCAGAGCCCGCGGGAAGAACCUCAAGGCACUGAGAGCAGAAAUCCUUUCACAUUAUCCCAAGAUGGACCCUACAGCAGCCAAGGGCGCAUCUCCAUCCCAAAAAACUGUAGUCCUUCUCGACUCCCUCAAUGAGCUCGCUACAGCGGCGCCGCAGAUCCUGCCCAGCUUCCUCUCCAGCAUCAUCAUGCCCGCUGUGUCGCUCGUGGCCGUCUACCACACCGACGUGCCCCUCGUCCUCCCGCGCACCGUGAGCGAGUAUGAACCGCACCCACUGACGGUGCUCUCCCACCUCGCGACCUCUAUUCUGCGGCUCUCGGGUCUACGGCAGGAAAUUGAGCGCCAAAAGGCGCGGAACAGGAGUCUGCAGGAGCCCGAGUGGGGUCUGGGUGAGGGCCGGGAGGGCGUCCUCGUCGGGCUCAAGGGCGAUGUCAAGUCGGAGGAUUAUCACGGCGUCGUGGUCGAGAUGGAGGUUAGGAGGCGGAGCGGAAGGGCCAUGGCGGAGAAGUUUGUUGUUUUGCCGCAGAAAGAACAGGUUUCGUCCGCUGCUGGUGUUGCAGCAAGGGGGUCGAGGAUUUUCCUCCUUUCGGAGCACCCCGUUUUCGCUGCCCCUGGGGAUUCUGGCGAGGCAGAUGCAGGUCACGGGGAGGACGAGGAGCCGGAGAGCACGUUCAACCUGGGUCUCACGGAGAAACAGCGAAAGGACAGAGAGGGUAUUGUUCUGCCUUACUUUGACGCGCAAACGGAUAUAGGGGCUGGUGAGGGUGGCAGGAUUCUCUAUGAGAUGGGUAGGGAGGAUGAUUUUGAUGACGAGGAGGAUGAGAUUUAGGCGGCCUUACCCGGGCUUACUACUAGGUACGGCAAGACACGCGCUUAGGAUGACGGAACUUCCAUUACUUCUGCCAAUGGCAGCGUGAAAGAUGAAUUAC